AUGAGGGUCAGAAAGCGUCAAUCCAGAAGAACAUCUACUAAGUUGAAGGAAGGUAUUAAGAAGAAGGCUUCUGCCCAUAGAAAAAAGGAAAAGAAGAUGGCGAAGAAGGAUAUUACCUGGAAAUCGAGGUCUAAGAAAGACCCUGGUAUCCCUUCUAACUUUCCUUAUAAGGCUAAGAUCCUAGAAGAAAUAGAAGCCAAAAAAAUGAAGGACUUAGAGGAAAGAGAGCUUGCCAAACAACAACGAUUGGAGGCUAGGAAAGCUGCCAAGGAACAAGGUUUUGACGCGAUGGAUGAAGACGUCAUAGGUGAAGAUGAAAAUGGAUUAGCAGCUUUGGUUGAGUCUGCUCAACAAGCAGCUGCUGAAUACGAGGGCACAGCUUCUAAUGAUGUAGACGCUGGUGAUGAUGAAUUAGAUGUCAUUGAUUAUAAUAUUGAUUUCUACGGUAACGAUGUAGAAGGCGAAUCAGAACUUGAAAAAUCCAGGAAGGCUUAUGACAAGAUUUUCAAAUCGGUAAUCGAUGCUUCUGAUGUUAUCCUAUAUGUUUUAGAUGCCAGAGAUCCAGAAGGUACAAGGUCAAGAAAAGUGGAAGAAGCCGUCUUACAAAGUCAGGGUAAAAGACUGAUUUUAAUAUUGAACAAAGUUGAUUUAAUUCCCCCAUAUGUAUUGGAACAAUGGUUAAAUUACUUAAAGUCCAGCUUUCCCACAAUCCCAUUAAGAGCUUCUUCUGGUGCAGUUAAUGGAACUUCUUUCAACAGAAAGCUAAGCCAGACUACUACUGCAAGCGCACUAUUAGAGUCCUUAAAAACUUACUCUAAUAACAGUAAUAUGAAGAGGUCUAUUGUAGUAGGUGUUAUUGGUUAUCCAAAUGUUGGUAAAUCGUCUGUUAUUAAUGCACUUUUAGCUCGCCGUGGUGGCCAAUCAAAGGCUUGCCCAGUCGGUAAUGAAGCGGGUGUUACUACCUCCUUAAGAGAAAUUAAAAUUGACAACAAGUUGAAGAUUCUAGAUUCGCCUGGUAUAUGUUUCCCAAGCGAAAAUAAGAAAAGAUCGAAGGUUGAACAUGAAGCUGAGUUGGCUCUUCUGAAUGCUCUACCGGCAAAACACAUUGUUGAUCCAUAUCCAGCUGUCUUGAUGUUGGUAAAGAGACUAGCUAAAUCUGACGAAAUGACAGAGAGUUUUAAGAAACUCUAUGAAAUUCCUCCUAUUCCUGCUAAUGAUGCUGAUACGUUUACAAAACAUUUCUUAAUUCACGUCGCUCGUAAAAGAGGUAGAUUAGGGAAGGGUGGUAUUCCAAAUCUUGCCAGUGCCGGCCUUUCUGUCUUAAAUGACUGGAGGGAUGGUAAGAUUCUUGGUUGGGUUUUACCAAAUACAUCGGCAGCUGCAUCUCAACAAGAUAAACAAAAUCUAAGUACUAUAAGCACUGGCGCAAAACAAGCUCCAACAGCAGUAAAUGAGUCCACCAUUGUAUCCGAGUGGUCCAAAGAGUUUGAUUUGGAUGGAUUGUUUAGUUCUCUUGAUAAGGCCAUAGAUGCUAGCAAAGAUCAAGAUACAAUGAUGGAAUAG